AUGGCAUCCAAUCAUCUGGAGGAGGAGUCAGUGUCUCCGCUCAGCCAUUCCCCCCGGAAUGCAACUCCUGCGAGCGCUGAAUGUGCCCCCCCGUUUUCAUCGCCGAUCAAAGCCACAUUGCUGCCAGAUUCCCAGCCCUUUGAGACUGAAGAAGAAUGUCACGGCCGAAGAAAUACUCUAGAAGCUCAAGACUAUUGGAAUUAUGGAGAAAAACACCAGAACGUUUGCCCAGCUCCCGAUCCUAACGGAAUAACCAGGGAUGAGGAUGAAUUCGAGCAACAGACCCGUCCUGUUUCCGACAAGACACAAGCACGCAAGGAAAAUGACGCCGUCUCACCGAGUGACCAGCGGCGGGGUCUAACACUGCCCGCAAGAAGUGUGCAAUUUGCAAGGCAAGACCCUCAGAUCCUAGCUCCUCCUGCAUCAGGAAGUCAUGGCCGACAUGGGUCAUGGGACGGACCAGAAACUCCAGGAAAGCAUAAAAAUACAUCCUUCAUGGCCAAGAUAAAAGCCUUGGCGGUCACGCCAGCUCCCCCAAAUACCAAAUUGCCGUCAAUUCCGGCCGGCGAAAACGGCUUACAGUCAACAUCAACUUCGCCUACCACUGCCCGUUUCGGUAGUCGACUGCCAGACACCCUCACGGAAGAGCAAUCCGAUGCAGAUGCUGAUGCAGACAUUGAGGAGACGGCAGAUGAAUCAGCCGUACCGGGGACCAAUUCAUCCAAGAAAAAGAAGCGGAGGAUGAAGCGCUUUAAGAAAGGUCAAUCCUCAUUCACGCCGACUCCAAGUCGGUUUAUCAGUGAUUCAGAACCGUGGGGCGCAUAUAAUCGACUGCUCAGACGACGGGCAAGUAUGCCGGAUACUUCUAUACCUGCCAACACAGAUCACAUACAAUCGGACGGAGAUACGCGUGAAGCCCUGAAACGCCGCACCUUCCUCCGGGGUCAUUCCUUCGUAGGAACAACGACGCAAUCCCAUGGUGAAGACCUCAAUGAACUGGAGAGCUCUGCUGUUGUAGGCCGCCGUGCUGGCCAUUCGAGGCGCCUCACAGUUUUUGGUGGCGGUGGCGUCUCUGAUGGUGAUGCUAUGGCACCACGCCGACCGUUUUUCAACUCGGAACGAGCGUCUAAUUUCGGCCACCAAAAAUGGAGACAGGUGAAAAGUACACUGAAGUUGCUGCGGCAGAAGAAAGAAGACCGGUUUGACUAUUUCAAAUCAGCAGAGUUGAUGGCCGAGCUUAGGGCUGGCGCCCCCGCGGUGUUGAUGCUUGCCAGCAUGAUUCAAAGGGACGAACAUGGGAAUAAGAGGAUCCCUGUUCUGCUUGAACAGCUAAAUCUGAAAGUCAAGGAUAGCUCCCCGGCGCCAGACGAUGACAAACAUCGACAUUGGGUAUUCACAAUUCAGCUCGAGUAUGGCAGUGGACCUAGCCGAAUGAGCUGGACAGUGAUCCGGACCAUAAAGGACAUUUACAAUCUCCAUUUCAGAUACAAAUUUGCUCUCAACAACGAAAAAUAUAUGCUUGGUCGCGAUCCUGGAGCUCGACCAAAACAACCCAAGUUCCCGUACUCAGCCUUCCCCUACCUGCGCCGGGCGCGCGGCAAAGAAGCUGAGAGUGAGGAAGAGGAUCAACCCGGUGGUCGGGUGGAGGAAGCUGCUGGCGAAGGGACAGGACGUGAAGAUCUUGCGGAUGGCCCAGCGAGCGGAACCGACGGCCUACCCCAACCCACCAGAAAGAAGUCGAGAUCUCAUCUCUGGGGAAUGAGGCGACGAUCGACAGGGUACACGGACCCUGGAGAGAUGUCGAACGCUGAGGGUCCGUCCACACCUGUUCUGGACAUGGCCACUCGGAGGCAACGCUAUAUAGAGAAGCAACGGCGCAUUCUGGAAAAGUACUUGUCAGAAAUGAUAAGGUGGCUUAUGUUCCGGGCGGAUAGUAACCGUCUCUGCCGAUUCUUGGAACUUUCGGCUCUUGGUGUUCGUCUUGCGGCAGAAGGGAGCUAUCACGGCAAAGAGGGGUAUUUGCAUAUCCAGUCUUCAAAGGGCCUCGAUUUCCGCAGGGUCCUGACGCCGGCCAAAGUCAUUGCUCGCCACAGUCGCAAGUGGUUUUUGGUUCGCCAGAGCUACAUUGUCUGCGUAGAGUCUCCGGAAAACAUGAACAUCUACGACGUUUAUCUCGUCGACUCCAAAUUCAGCCUCAUUUCAAAAAAGAAUCCGCUUGUGCAAAUCGGCUCCAAGGAUAAGAAAAAAGAGGUAGACCUCACUUUGGAACCGCCACCAAGCAAACAUCAUACUCUGACUUUGCGCACUUCAGAACGCAAGGUGCGCUUGUUUUCGAGGUAUCAGUCCGUGAUGAAGCAAUUCGAAGAUUCCAUCAACGAAAUGCUGAAGCAAACGUCGUGGUACGCAAAGAAACGAUUCGACAGCUUUGCGCCAGUCAGAACAGGAGUUUUCGCACAGUGGCUCGUGGAUGGCCGUGACUACAUGUGGAACGUCUCUCGAGCAAUUAACAUGGCUCGGGACGUCAUUUACAUCCAUGACUGGUGGUUGAGUCCUGAGCUAUACAUGAGACGACCUGCAGCCAUCAGCCAAAAAUGGCGGCUGGACAGGCUUCUGCAGAAAAAGGCGAGGGAGGGAGUCAAGAUCUUUGUUAUUAUCUACCGGAAUGUCGAAGCAGCUGUUCCCAUCGACUCUGAGUACACCAAGUUUUCCUUGCUAAACCUUCAUCCAAACGUCUUCGUACAACGAUCACCCAAUCAAUUCAAGAAGAACCAGUUUUUCUUUGCCCAUCACGAGAAGAUAUGCGUCGUGGACCACGAUGUAGCCUUCCUCGGUGGUGUUGAUCUGUGCUUCGGCAGAUGGGAUUGUCCUCAGCAUCCCAUUGUCGACGAUAAACCCACGGGGUUCGAGACAACGGAGCAGCCAAAGGAUGCAGAACACUGCCAGCUGUUCCCCGGUAAAGAUUACUCCAACCCUCGAGUGCAGGACUUCUUCAGACUGAACGAGCCAUACGAAGAGAUGUACGACCGUAGCAAAGUACCACGAAUGCCUUGGCACGAUGUGGCGAUGCAGGUGGUCGGGCAACCAGCACGAGAUCUCACACGCCACUUUGUUCAGCGAUGGAAUUACCUGCGUCGAGGACGCAAGCCGACCCGGCCGCUCCCGUUCUUGCUGCCACCUCCGGACGCUAAAUUGGACGAGUUGGAGGCCCUAGGCUUGACAGGGACAUGCGAAGUCCAGAUGCUUCGCUCAGCAAGCACUUGGUCACUCGGUAUUGAAGAGACGGAGCACAGCAUCCAAAACGCCUAUAUUAAAAUGAUUGAAGACUCAGACCAUUUUGUGUACAUGGAGAACCAGUUCUUCAUAUCGAGCACAGAGGCGUACAAUACCAAGAUUGUGAAUCGUAUCGGAGAUGCAUUGGUGGAACGCAUCAUUCGUGCGCACGAAAACGGCGAAGAAUGGCGCUGCGUGAUCAUGAUUCCGCUCAUGCCCGGUUUUCAAAACACUGUAGACGAACAAGAAGGGACCAGCGUGAGACUCAUUCUUAUGUGCCAGUAUAAGAGCAUAUGUCGAGGUGAACAGUCCAUAUUCGGCCGUCUUCGCGCGGUUGGCAUCGAACCCGAAGACUACAUUGGGUUCUACUGCUUGCGUCAAUGGGGCGUCAUGAGCAAUGAUGCUUUGGUCACGGAACAGCUGUACAUCCACGCCAAGGCCAUAAUCGUUGACGAUCGGGUUGCUUUGAUAGGCUCCGCCAACAUCAACGAGCGCUCCAUGCUGGGAUCGCGCGAUUCCGAAUGCGCCGCCCUGGUGCGAGACACGGACAUGAUAUCGUCCACCAUGGCCGGGAAGCCCUACCAAGUCGGUCGUUUUGCACAUACUCUGCGUCUGCGUCUCAUGCGUGAACACCUGGGACUUGACGUGGAUGACAUUCUGGAACAAGAACGUCAACACGACAUGGACCAGGAAGCUUUUGAUCAGAAGAUGGAGGAUAUCUAUCGAGAGGACAAUGCGACGCCAGGAGUUGGUCCGAGUUCAGGACGCAGGGAAAGCUAUAUGCACCAGCGUGCUCCAAGCUUUAACCACGACCUUGACAUGGCAAAGGCGAGAGCCAUUAAUGAUGGCGCAUCGUUGCCCUCUUCUUCACUUUCAUCCAGCUCCGACGCAAAACUUGGUAAAGGUAAGAAGUCUACCGGUGUCAUGAGCCCGGAACAGAAGCACAAGCACGAACUGGACGUAUCGGGAUACGGCCCGGAUCAGUGGAAGGCUGCAGAGCAGUCAGGCCUUGACGAGGGCCGAGACUCGGUUGUUGUCGGUGGUCGCGAAGUCCUGGUACAUGAUGUUGACCCUGAAGGCAAGGGAACCAUCGCCAAGCCGAAGCCGCCCCAUCAAACGGCUCCAGCUUCGGACAAUCGCCAUCUGGAGGCAAGUGAAGCCAGCAUUGCGGCACUCCCACCCAUGCCUCCAAUGAAUCGGCGCACAACGGAGGAGCUUGGCCUUCUCCGACCUGCUCAACUACCUCCUCUCCCGGCUGCCGACGAUACUGAUAUCGGUGGCCCUCCUGCACCCGUCGACCCAACAAGUGGUUGCCCUAAGAGCGGAGCUUUUUACCCCAUGACCGCAGAUAUUAGAUUGGCAGAUAUCACGAAGGACUGUAUGCGCGAUCCACUGCUGACAACCUUCAUUGAUGAUACGUGGAAUCGAGUAGCCAUGAAUAACACGAAACUUUACCGCAGGGUUUUCCGCUGCAUGCCGGAUUCUGAAGUGAAAACUUGGCAGGAGUAUCGGGACUAUAUGGAAUACGGCGUGAGAUUUCGCGCCAGCAUGGAAGGCAAAGCUGUUGGCGAUGAGGUGGACUUGAAGCCCGACGGUCACAACCACCACGAGUCCACGGCUGCAGGAGCGGGUGUUGGAGCACCUGGACCCGAGGCCAUCGUCUCGGCCGUGACAGAGAAGCUGACGGAGAAAUUGGCGAUCCCUGAGCUGGAUCUGAACAAACUCGACGCGACAGCGUCUGCAAAGGAGGACGCUUUCCUGGACGAAAAAUCAGAGGAGGCCAACCCGCCAUCAUUGGGGUCUCCAAAUGGCCCCCUUCCUCGUCAAGACGUAAAGCUUGCAGAUCCCCCGCCCACUGAGGUGAAAUUGGGAGAUGGAGGCCUAUCUAUCAUUGAGGAAACUCGGUCGAGGCCCCUUGAGCCGCAGAAUAGCAGGAACGCAGAUCGUAAGGCGACCUUUUCCACGCUAGACAAGCCUCCGUCGCGAGACACGACAAGUAUUCCCCCGCAAGCCCAAUCCGGCUCUGUUAAACGUCGCCGUCGAGCCACCACGAAAGGAAGCCGCCGCGGCUUUUCUCUUGACGACAUGCCUUCCCGACUUGAUGCCGAAGAGAUACUCAAGUUGAUUCAGGGCAAUGUGGUUCAGUUUCCGUACGACUGGCUACUCACCGAAGAGCAGAACGGAAACUGGGGCUAUCAAGUGGAUGGAGUCGCUCCGUUAUCAAUCUACAACUAG